AUGGAGCCCGGUUGGAGCGACUGGAGCGCAUGGGAAUGGGAUGUUCCACACGCCCGCUGGUGGAGAGCAAGACGAGAUCCCCAGGGCAUCGUGCACUAUGAUUAUCAACACCCGGACGUCGCCCCGCGUGGGAGUAUUCAGGGGCUAACCGAGGCAUUUAACAACGUCCAGCUCGGUGGACAUCAGCAAUACCAGCAAGAUCCGUAUUACCACCAGAACCAAGCUUACACUCACAAUGCCCCGCUUCCUACCGGAGGGGGCGUCGUUGUGGGCGGUAGUGCCUAUGGCGCACCCUCUGCGCCAUCCGACCUCACGUCGUACCCUAGCGGGAAGGGAACGGCCGCUGCUAGCAGUACAUAUCCGGAAUCCCGACCAAGAGAGAAGAAGCAUAGCUCCAGGAAGCACCGGUCAAGAACCUCGCAAGGCACAGGGACCAGGGGCACCCAAGAGCCCUCAGUACCACAUGCUGACUACUCCUCAUCAUACCAAAACACGAGCACUGCUACAGCUAGUUCUGGCCAUGACCCCAGGCCCCAAGCCGAAAUUGAUAACCAGCCGGAAGAUGAUGAGAGUACUGCCGAACGUUAUACUUUUGGCCAGGGGGCACCAGCCGGUACCGAAAAGGAAGGCACAAUGGUUCCGGAGUCUGGCAAUGUUGAAUAUACGUCGGCAGAUGACCGCGGCCCCGAUAUGCAGUCGGCGGGCCAGGGGUCCGAUGAAUCACCCCUGUCAAGCGAUCAGCUUCAAGACUUUCUCUCACAGACAAACCCAUAUCUUACCGGCGCUCCCGACCCGUCAUAUCCAACCGGUGAGCCCUCCUUAGUAACCGUGGGGCACGACUACCCUCAGUACGACCACGAAAUCAACGCCGGCCGCGACACGCCGAGAGCGUCUGCUCAGCCACGGACCCAUUGGCCACCAUAUCACGAGCCGACGGCGGCGAGGAAUCAAGACGGCGAGGACCAGAGUAGCCUGACUGGGAGCACCAACACCGGGAGAGAACCCUUUCAGACUGAUGGAUAUACGGUGGAACCUUCCUCUCGUUUUCAACCUGGCGAGAUCUUUAAGAUUGUAUGGUACGAGCCUCUUGGCGCCGGGGCACCGGCAAGGAGUGAUGUGAUGACCCAGAGAAUUCGCGUCAAUACCGGUGGAGAGCCGUAUCAUCAAGGCCUGCGCCGUUUCAUUGUAGUGGCAAACGACGAAGGGCACUGUACCUGCGUACCGAUCUUAACAUACGAGCGCCAGGCGUGCCUCAAGAAAGGAGUCAAGGCUGCGAAGCAUGGUGUCAUCCAUCAGGUGGGAAGACGGCCCCGGACACUCCCAGGAGAGCCCCAACUGGGAUUCCCGCCGGUGCGGGUUGAGCUCUAUGAGAGGACCGAGCAACUCGUCAAGGAGUCCCGCGUCAAUUAUGCGAAGCUCACCACAGUUGAACACAACUUCCGUGUUCUCUUCAUCGGCAGAGUCCUCCCCGACGACUUCGAGAAUAUUGUCAUCCAGGCGAUCGAUGUUUGCUGGGGAAAGAAAAAGCGGCGAUAA